AACAUGUUGUCCAACUUGAGGAAAUUUGUAGUCAGUCAUAAGAAAAUACCCAUCCUGCACGUUAAUAAUAUGUGUUGCUCUAAAAUGAGAGCAAGUUUACAAAGACUAAAGUCACAUGUGCCUCUUGGAAGAAACUACAGUUCUCUACCAGGUUUGAUAGGAAAUGAUAUCAAAUCCCUUCAUUCUGUCAUCAAUCCUCCCAUAGCUAAAAUCCGAAAUAUUGGAAUUAUGGCUCAUAUUGAUGCAGGCAAAACUACCACCACAGAAAGAAUAUUGUACUAUUCUGGAUACACAAGAUCGCUGGGAGAUGUUGAUGAUGGAGAUACAGUGACAGAUUUCAUGGCUCAAGAGCGAGAAAGAGGCAUUACUAUUCAGUCUGCUGCUGUUACGUUUGAUUGGAAGGGAUAUAGAGUCAAUUUAAUUGAUACGCCAGGUCAUGUAGACUUUACCUUGGAGGUUGAGCGCUGCCUUAGAGUGUUGGAUGGUGCAGUAGCUGUGUUUGAUGCCUCUGCUGGUGUAGAGGCCCAGACUCUCACAGUAUGGAGGCAAGCUGAUAAACACAAGAUACCUCGAAUCUGUUUUUUAAACAAAAUGGACAAAACUGGAGCAAGUUUUAAAUAUGCGGUUGAAAGCAUCAGAGAGAAGUUGAAGGCAAAGCCAUUACUUUUGCAGUUACCACUUGGUGAAGGCAAAGCUUUCAAAGGAGUUGUGGAUGUAGUAAAUAAAGAAAAACUUCUUUGGAAUCCUAAUUCAGAUGAUGGAAAAGACUUUGUGAGGAAUCCCCUUUUGGAAAUGAGUGAUCCUGAGUUGCUUAAGCAGACAACUGAAGCAAGGAAUGCCUUAAUUGAGCAGGUUGCAGAUUUGGAUGAUGAAUUUGCUGACUUGGUUUUAGGAGAAUUUAGUGAAAAUUUUGAUUUGCUACCAGCUGAAAAGCUCCAGACUGCAAUUCGCAGAGUAACACUGGCUCAGACAGCAGUGCCUGUGCUUUGUGGAAGUGCCCUGAAAAACAAAGGUGUCCAGCCCUUGUUGGAUGCUGUUACCGUGUACUUGCCUUCACCUGAAGAGCGCAACUAUGAAUUUCUGCCAUGGUAUAAGGGUGACUUAUGUGCACUGGCAUUUAAAGUUCUUCAUGACAAGCAGCGAGGACCACUGGUGUUUAUGCGCAUUUACUCAGGCAUGAUAAAACCCCAAUUGGCCAUCUAUAAUAUUAAUGGAAACUGCACGGAGAGAAUAAGUCGUCUUCUUUUGCCAUUUGCUGACCAACAUAUAGAAAUCCCUUCACUGACUGCUGGUAACAUUGCUUUGACUGUUGGCCUUAAACACACCGCCACAGGAGACACCAUUGCCUCAUCCAAGUCCAGUGCGUUAGCUGCAGCUCGUCGAGCCGAAACAGAAGGAGGAAAAAAACAUAGACGGAACAAUGAAGCCGAAAGACUUCUUCUGGCUGGGGUGGAGAUUCCAGAACCUGUUUUCUUCUGUACCAUAGAACCCCCUUCGGUGGCUAAGCAGCCAGAUUUGGAUUAUGCAUUGAAAUGCCUUCAACGUGAAGAUCCCAGUUUGAAAGUGAAGCUAGAUGCUGAUUCUGGACAGACUGUCUUAUGUGGUAUGGGGGAGUUACAUAUUGAGAUUAUUCAUGACCGAAUCAAGAGAGAAUAUGGAUUGGAAACCUAUCUAGGGCCUCUCCAGGUGGCAUACCGAGAGACUAUUCUAAAUGCAGUUUGUGCCACAGAUACCUUAGAUAGAACAUUAGGAGACAAACGGCAUCUUGUGACUGUAGAACUGGAAGUAAAACCAGUUGAAACAGCCUCUGUUAUGCCAGUUAUCGAGUAUGCUGGAGGUGUUAGUGAAGACCUUCCGACGGCUUCCCAAGAGGCCAUUGAAAAUGGGAUUCACAGUGCAUGCCUCCAAGGACCAUUGCUUGGAUCCCCAGUCCAAGAUGUGGCAGUUGCUGUACAUUCACUGAUAAUUCAUCCUGGUACCUCCACAACUAUGAUUUCUGCCUGUGUCUCCAGAUGCAUACAAAAGGCGCUGAAGAAGGCUGAUAAGCAAGUUUUAGAGCCCCUGAUGAAGCUCGAGGUUACAGUCACUAGAGAUUACCUCAGCCUUGUCCUGGCAGAUCUGGCACAAAGAAGAGGGACCAUUCAGGAAAUCCAGACUCGUCAGGAAAACAAAAUUAUUACUGGAUUUGUUCCCCUAGCAGAAAUUAUGGGUUAUUCAACUGUGCUUCGAACGCUAACAUCAGGCUCAGCUACUUUUGCCUUAGAACUAUCUAAUUAUGAAGCCAUGAAUCCUCAAGACCAAACUGUACUGCUCGGCCGGCGAAGUGGCUUGACCCAAGUACUUUGAGACUCCGGAGCCCCUAU